ACUCCACACACAAACUGACAUGAAAAAUGAUACUGUAUCUAAAUACUUUGAAAUGACAGUUUUAUUUCCUGACAACUCCCACAUAAUCAGGAGCUGGCAGGUGGGAUGUGGAUAAAGACAUAAUCUGAGGCAUCUCCCACUGUGGGAAAUGGCAAAGCUCAGCUGAGAGGUGAGAUAAGGUGGCUGAACCAGCAGGUAGAAAUGCAGUGGGUGGAUGGAAGUGAGCCAGUAAGCUCUGAGAGCUACAGUCCCACAGGAGCUAGAGACAGAUCUAUAUCAUUAAGGGCUGUCACAGUUCAUGUACCCUUCACACAGUGUGAGUAAAUCCAGUCUGUGCUAUUCACAGUUCAGAAAUCCAAAGAGCACUUAAGUGCUUUGCCCAGGAAGCUCCGAAUGCGCACAACCAGCCAAUCAAUGAAGAGCAGCAGCAGGGUAAAGGCAUCAAACCUCCCUGCACGCUGGGGGCGUGUGUGGAAUCUCUACAUCGAUGUCAAACGGAAAAGCAAAUUCUGCUUCAAUCCAUGGAACAAAGCAGAUCUAUGGGGAGAAAUAAUAGCAAAAUGUGCUAAUAUUGCUGACUCUGUUCAGGUCUUUCCCUCCAAGUAAAACACGACCUCAUCUGAUCGCACCCCUUGGGGAAUAGCUGAUUGCAAAGGCAGGGCCUGGGAGGAGGGAACCAGAGCUGACUGUUCCCAUUGCACAACUCCUCUUCCUCGAAGGAAAAAGAGGGUCACAAACCUCGGCCAGGAACCACGCACCCCUGAACUGUUGUUUCAGGCCACCGCUGGCAGAUCUGAUCGUUUGAAGGUGCUGCAUUUGAAAGCAACGUAGGGAAGAUGCUGGCAGUCCACUUUGAUUGCCCAGGAGGCCCAGAAAAUCUCUAUGUGAAAGAAGUGAUGAAACCACAUCCAGGAGAAGGAGAAGUUCUUGUGAAGGUCUCUGCCAGUGCUCUGAAUAGGGCUGAUUUACUCCAGAGGAGAGGGAAGUACCCUCCCCCCAAAGGAUCAAGUGAUAUUUUAGGCUUAGAAGCAGCUGGGAGUGUGGCUGGGCUUGGACCUGGCUGCACCGGGCGGUGGAAGAUUGGUGAUGCAGUGAUGGCUCUGCUCUCUGGAGGCGGCCAAGCUGAAUAUGUUACAGUACCUGAAGGCCACAUUAUGCCAGUUCCCAAAGAUAUGACUUUUAUUCAGGCUGCAGCCAUUCCUGAGGCCUGGUUAACAGCUUUUCAGCUGCUGCAUUUUGUAGGUAAAAUACAGAAAGGGGAAACAGUGUUGAUCCACGCUGGAGCUAGCGGGGUUGGUAUGGCAGCCAUUCAGCUGGUCAGACUGGCAAAUGCUAUUCCCAUCGUGACAGCAGGAACUGAGGAGAAACUCAAAGCAACAACAAACGCUGGAGCAGCUGUAGGGUUCAACUACAAGAAUGAAGACUUUAGUGAAAAGGUCUUGGCUUUCACCCAAGGUUCUGGAGUAGAUAUUAUUUUAGAUUGUGUCGGUGGCUCUUACUGGGAGAAGAAUCUCAGCUGCUUAAGAACUGAUGGCCGGUGGGUUAUUUAUGGACUACUGAGUGGAGGUGAAGUUCACGGAGAUUUGCUUGCAAGGCUGCUUUCCAAAAGAGGGAGCAUCCAUACAAGUCUAUUAAGAUCACGAGACAAGGAGUAUAAGGAGCAGCUGGUGAAAGCCUUCAUAGAAAACGUGCUGCCAUAUUUCUCCGGAGGAGCCUCCCCACGUCUUCAGCCACUUGUUGACAGCGUUUACCCCCUGCACGAGAUUGUGGAGGCACACAGGAAAAUGGAAGAAAACAAGAACAUUGGCAAAAUUGUCAUCGAAAUGCCAGUGAAAUCACCCUAAAGAAAGGCUCCCUACUGUAGUUGCUCGACACACAGGUGCACCACAGGUGCCUUAAAAGCAGGGAUUCUGCAAUUCCUGCUUCCAAACUGGAAAUGAUUUACUGUGGUCAGUGUCAAAAAAUGAGGGCUAAAGGAAAGCCAUAAUUAUGAGAUACGUGAAUAAAGAAUUUCACACCGCA